AUGGUUGAGACGAAAUGGAGAGAGUUUUUCAAGACACUUUCGCUCGAGACCGAGAGUUCGUGUGGAGAGAUUGUGAAUCCACAGGAUUUGGCGAAGCAGAUCAAGCUCUAUCCCAGAGGCCUGGUAGGUGAGGUGAAAACAAAGUUCAAAGAGGUCAUUGGGCAGGUUGAGAGGCUGGUGAAGAUCAGGACCACCGAACAUGAGCAGCGUAAGUACCUUUCGAAAUAG